UACGCGAAUACCCGCUGCUUCAUCCACACAUCUGUCACAAUCUUCCUUCCUUCCAUUUAUUUCAAACCCAUUUCUUCAAAUAUCCCCAUCACAUAUCAUCGAUCUCCCCUCCAACAACAACAACGUUUUCAUUCAAUCAGCAUGGUUUUCGACAACAAUAAUGAAACCAACUCUUCCUCAAACCCCAUCAUCAGAUCAAUCCCAAGAGAAGACUCCCCACUUCUCGGAACCUCAGACUCCUUGUCAUCAACACCCAAAACAUUCGCCAACAUUUUCAUCGCCAUCGUGGGCGCCGGCGUGCUCGGUCUCCCUUACACGUUCAUGCGAACCGGUUGGCUUACCGGGUUCAUCAUGAUAUUCGUUGUAUCCGGUCUCGCCUAUCGUGGCAUGAUGUUGUUAGUCGAAACCCGAAGGAAACUCGAAACACCUCUUACUUAUUCUAGAAUUAACUCUUUCGGCGAUUUGGGCUUCGCUGUUUGUGGCCCGAUCGGUCGGUUUGUUGUGGAUAUAUUGAUACUGGCAUCACAGGCCGGGUUUUGUGUGGGUUAUUUAAUAUUUAUCGGUAACACAUUAAGCCAUUUGUUUCAUUCUGCCCCUGUUGAGUCAGGGAAUUAUCUUAAUGCAGCCCCUUACAUUUGGGGGUUAAAGGCGAAAACGUUUUACAUAUGGGGUUGUUUUCCGUUUCAAUUGGGAUUAAACGCGAUUCCAACGUUGACACUUCUCGCGCCUUUAAGUAUUUUUGCGGAUAUUGUUGAUGUUGGUGCGAUGAGUGUAGUGAUGGUUCAAGACGUCGUUGUGUUUUUGAAAACGACCACGAAUGUGCACGCGUUUGGGAGCUUUUCGACGUUUUGUUAUGGGCUUGGAGUGGCUUUGUUUUCGUUUGAAGGGAUUGGAAUGGCGUUGCCGCUUGAAGCGGAAGCUAGGGAUAAGAAAAGGUUCGGUUUUGUUUUGGGUUGGGCUAUGUUUUCCAUUGCAGCUAUGUAUGGGGUUUUUGGAGUGUUGGGUUACUUCGCUUUCGGUGAAAACACGCGAGAUAUUGUCACUGCGAACAUGGGGAAAGGCAUGUUAAGUUCGUUAGUGCAGUUAGGACUUUGUGUGAACCUUUUUUUCACGUUUCCGUUGAUGAUGCAUCCGGUUUAUGAAGUUAUGGAAAGAAGGUAUUGGGAAGGAAGGUAUUGUUUGUGGAUGAGAUGGGUGUUGGUUAUGGUGGUGAGUUUAGUGGCUCUUUUGGUGCCGAAUUUUACGGAUUUCUUGUCAUUAGUUGGGAGCAGUACUUGUUGUAUAUUGGGGUUGGUGUUACCGGCUUUGUUUCAUUACAUUGUGUUCAAGAACGAGCUAAAGAGGGAGGAGCUUAUGUACGAUUUGGCGAUGAUUGUUCUUGGUGUAAUUCUUGGUGUUUUGGGAACUUGGUUUUCUUUAAUGGAAAUGUUGUUUUGAAGCUACGAGCGUAUGAUCACAUCAAAGUAUUAAAUGAUUGUGAUAGUAAAGAGCCUUCGAUCAAACAAUGAGGUUUGGUUGUUUUGGAUUGUGUUGGUUCGUUAUGGCUGGAGAGUUGUUUAAUAGUUUGUGGUUGAUGUUAAUCAAUUGGUUGUUGCUUAUGUGCAUUGUGUUGUGGAACUCUUUGAACAGUUUAUUCGGUGUUUUAUUUGCUUUUGUUAUCGUUGUUAGACGUUUGAUCAAGUGAUUGAAAUUAUAUUAGCAAGUCUUGAAUUAUAUAUGAUAGAUUGGUAAUGUCAGAGAAGGCUACGAGUAUAUUUGAUUUAUCGCGUCUUAACGUUUGGCGUAUGUUCUCGUAUACAUGGGUAUGUUAAAUUAAUAUUCUUGUAUCACGUUUAGCGUUAUGG